UGACAUAGUGCUCAAGCAUCGUUUUGACGGCUUGUCAGACGGAUUUCAUCUCAAAGAAAUCUUCGAAUCUUCAGAAAAAAACUACAACCAUGCCUUUAAAUGUGCGGGUGCUUGCGUCUACCCGAGUAAUCCUCUGCUGCUUCGUAUGCUGGACUACAGCUAUCCUGAUCAUCGUUGGAGUCGCUCGACCCGCUUGGCAUGUGGCGCAAGGAUUCCUUCCGUUUUUGGCAGCAAUCUUCAUAGGAGGUCCUUUAGUUUUUAUUGCUAUCAGAUUGGACCUGUUAGCCCUCAUUCAGGAUAAAAUUGAUGCCGUUCGAGAAGCUAGAAGGCAGCCACAAGAGGAAGAAGUAAGAACGACUCGGAUUAAAGAAUCCUACGGGCUGAGAACGGGAAUCCUCGGAUUAAAGAAUCCUACGGCUGAGUACUUAACUUUUGAAGCUGGUGCAGAUGAAACUGCCUAUGAAGUGCCAAGAGAAUUCGCACCGCCUAUACCGGCUCCAACAUAUCCGCACAAAGACGAUGCAAUUACCGCAACCAGAGCCGAGGCUAGAACGGAAUAUCCGGCAUGUAUGGGUAGCGGAAAAGACAGUAGAAAAACAGAGUUUAAUUUAUCGAACUUGGCUAAUGAAAAAGGUUCAGCCGGACCUGCCUAUGAUGUUCCGAGAGAGUUUGCACCGCCCGUACUCCCUAUUAAGUCCCAGCACAAAACUAACCCUGUUGCCUCCACAAGUACCGUCCGACCUGAGGCUAGUAGUGGACCGGGAGCAUGUAAAGGUACCAAAGAAGAAAAUAGACCAACUGAGUUUCAUUUCAGGCCCGUGUUUGAGGGACCGCUUACAAAGGAAAAUAAAGAGAAGCCACGAGAGACAGUUGAGCAGAGUUUAGCUUGCCAAUCAAGUGUGGCUUUCGACGGUCAUCGUAUAGCUUUCGACGGGCAUCGCGUAAAAAUUCUCAUCGAAACGAAACCUGCAGCUGAAACUGGAUUACCGAAGGUACCGAUUGACUCGGGAGCUACAGCUGAGCAGACUCCCAAGGGGUAGUCGAGAGAUUGAAGUGCAUCGUAAUGGAAGGACAGCGAAUAGGCCAUUCCGGCAUGUGCAAGAGAAAAAUCACUUGUUAUCGGUGGCGAAAUAUUUUAUUCUUUUUAGCUUCGACUUGAUGAAGAAUUUAUCAGUCGCCAAGAUUUUUAGCUGCUUGAGCUCAUAAUCAACAAUAUUAACAAUAAGAUUAUGAUGUAAAAUAGUGUAUGCGUUUCGAUGAUUUAUGUGGAACUAUUGAAAGUCGGCAUAGGGAAUUAUUAGAAAAAGUUAUAACUUGGACGUUUUUCUUGAAUAGUUGCCCUUUAUAUUUUUUAAAUAAUUAAUUUUGAAUCAAA